AUGAUUCAAAUAUUACCAUUUUUGUAUAUGGGAAGAAGGUAUGAUAUAGAAAAUGUUGAAGGACUUAAAGCAUGUAAUAUAAAGGCAUUAGUAAUAUGUUGUACUUAUUUUGAAUACCCAGAUCAUAAGGUACCAAAUGGAUAUGCAAAUUUACGGAUUAAUCUUGAAGAUAUGGGAUUGGAACGAAUUUCCUCAUACUUUGAAGAGUCGAAUAACUUUAUUCAUUCACACAUUUCGCAAGAACAAGCUGUCCUCAUUUCGUGCUGCCAAGGCGUAAGUAGGUCCUCGACGAUAUCCAUAGCGUAUUUAAUGGGAAAACAGAACUUUUUUCUUAAUGAAGCAUUUAGUUUUAUAAUGCAGAAGAAGAAUAUAUGUCCAAAUAUCGGAUUUAUUGAACAGUUAUGUGAAUAUGAAAAGAUUUUAAAAAAUAAAAUUACUUUCUCCUCAAAAAAGUACAUCAACUGGUUCACAUCCGAUAUGUGUGGAAAUAAUGCAAUUACAGACUUCAGUAUUGAUUGUAAAAAAAAAUAA